GGCGGGUGGCUGCAGCCAGUGUCAGCUGUUCUGCCUGGAUGCAGGCAGGGCUGGGAAGCCUCACUUUUCCUCUCCCCCCUCAGUUUUGGGAAUCCAUUUGUUCUGUCUUAAGUUGGGAUCGGAGUCCUGUUUCUCAGGUGGAGAAAAUGGAAACUGAGGUCAGGGAUUUUGAGGAAAGUCAGGAGGUGUGGUUAACCCCCAGAUGACAGUUCGCUCAGUGUGGGAUGACCCUCCUAACUGAAUUCUCCCCCAGCCCCUCCUCUUGACCUCCAGUCCCUCCCUGAGCUUCAGGGUCCUUGAUUCAGGGUCAGGUCCAGGGCUGGCUGUAAAGGUAAGUGGGCAUCUCUUCACUCAAAGGCCUCUUCUGUCCUUCCUCUCCUGCUAGCCUCAGGCUGCCGCUAUGGAAACAUGACCCCAGCCCUGCCUCACCAGCCAAUCACAGCUCCUCUUGGCUCACCAGAGAGAGAGCUUGAGGGCCUGGCUUUGGCUGGGCACUUCUUUUUAGGAGCUUUCUGUCCAGCACCCCUCUUGAGCCUGGUAGUAGGGUCCUCCUUACCUUGACAACCAUGUCUGGCCUCCCUCCUCGCUGCCCAGGCGCUGUGGAACCUGUUGGGGUUUUCCAGCACCAUGCCCUUGCCCAGGUUACCCACCCUGCUUCCACUGAUUUGCCCUCCCAGCACUGCCUAGCUUGGGCUCAACCUUCCUCGAACCUUACAGAGGUUCUGGUCUCUAAAUUGUUCACAUCUCCCAGACGCUUUCAGAAUGCUUUCCCAAGACAGCUUCUUGCAGGUAGGAACACAGUUGCCUCUCAAUAAACUUGUGUUGCAGAAAAGGAAUGAUUGAGUUGCUGUAAAUUUGUGUGUGGGUGCUUGACCCAGCAGGUGGCCCUCUGACCCAACGCCGGGCGUAGGACUCACUUAACCUGGAGCUGGGCCUUACUUCCUUUUCCCAGCUCUGGGCUCUUACUUGUAAGCUUCCACGAGCGGUCGCUGCUGCCCUCUGGUGGUCAGACCCUGCUUUGCGUUCGCGGAAAACCUACCCGGCGUUUACGGAACUGCCAGGUUGGCAGUUGCCUCCAUGAAGUAAAGUUACCUGGUCUUUGCUGAGAACUUGAAAAUUGACAGUCUCCCCGGGGGGGGCGGAUAGAAGAUCCUGAGUCCUAAACCCUCCCUGAGGAAACUACCAGAGGCCCUGGAUAGGGCCUGUCUCUCACGUGCCCAUGCUUCAAUCAGUGCCUGCCUGCCACACACUGGCUCCAGGGGUCCCCUUCCUCUUCUGACCACUGGCCUGGCUUGUACAACGGACUGUUGGUCCAGGGUCGCGGGGAGGGAAGGAAUGGGGGACAGGAGUGAUCUCAAACAGCAGCCCCGAUAGUACCUGAAUAUUGUGUUCAAUAAAUAGCUGUUUUGAUCAGGGAAAUGGGAGGGUUGGUGAGAAUCCUUGGAAUGAAGAUACGUGGCUGCUGGCUGAAGAGUUCUUAAUCAAAUUUCAGGGAGGGCUGGGUGUUAUCGGGGCCCAGCUUAUCUCAACUAGAUCUGCCCUUUCCCCAUCCCUUCCUCGACGGUGUUUUCCUCGGUUCACGCCUCUGGCCCCUGCUAGAAAGAGACUUCCGCCCGCGUGGUUUGGGGCCAACCCCCAAAGGGUAUUGUUCCGGAGUCGUUCACCUGCUCUCUAAGCCGUCCGCCCCAAGGCGAUUGCCCGCCAGAGGGCGCCAGACGUCCACUUUGCGCUCUUGGGGAGGUGGGGGGGUAGGUGAGGGGAACCGCUAUUCCCCACCCCCAACCCGCGCCCAUACUGGCGCCCGUAGGGCUGGCCUAGGUGAGCAGACACGCCCCCCGUGCCAGCAUCUUCCCUGGCACUACCAACCUACCUCGUGGGGAAACGGGUUCAGAAGCCGACUUGCCCCAGACCACACAGCUGAGGCGGGGCCAAGACAAGGGGCUUUUUCCAGAGCCUGAGACUAAAGCUCCUAGACCCCUGGUGCUGGGACAACGAUCCGCCAAUCAAAGGGUCCCUGUCUGAUGGCGGAGGGGCGGGGGUGGCCGAGCCGGCCAAUCAGAGGGUCCCUGCCAGAAGGCGGAGCCUGCCAAUCAGGGGUGCCCUGCGAGGAACGGCGGAAACGAUCGAAUCUUGUCGGUGGGGGGCGCGCCUUGACAUGCAUGGGAGGGAGUGGGAGCCGCGCUACAGGCUAAAUACCCCCGUUUCUCAGUUGCCUCAGUUUCCCUGGAAAUGAAAGGUGAACUCCCCGGGCCGGGACCCCAACAGAAAGGAAAACUGAGGCAGGGAGGUGGGCCUGGGUGGCUGCCUGGCGGAGGCGAUGCCGGCACACAGCGGGCGGGGUUUCUUUAGCCCCGCCCCUGGAUCCCGCCCCGGCCCCCGCCCCCAAUCGUUCAGCCGCAGAAGUCUGCCCUGCGCGCGGUUGCCAGAGCCGGCUGUUCACAGCUAUGGACGCCCCCGGGGCCCCGGGCCCGGGCAGGAAGGAGCUGAAGAUAGUGAUCGUGGGCGAUGGCGGCUGCGGCAAGACAUCACUGCUUAUGGUGUACAGCCAGGGCUCCUUCCCUGAGGACUACGCCCCAUCCGUGUUCGAGAAAUACACGGCCAGCGUGACUGUGGGCAGCAAGGAGGUGACCCUGAACCUAUACGAUACCGCCGGGCAAGAAGAUUAUGACCGGCUGCGACCCCUGUCCUACCAGAACACCCACCUCGUGCUCAUCUGCUAUGACGUCAUGAACCCCACCAGCUAUGACAACGUCCUCAUCAAGUGGUUCCCUGAGGUCACACAUUUCUGCCGUGGGACCCCCAUGGUGCUCAUUGGCUGCAAGACAGACCUGCGGAAAGACAAGGAGCAGCUUCGGAAGCUCCGGGCCGCCCAGCUGGAGCCCAUCACCUACAUGCAGGGCCAGAGUGCCUGUGAACAGAUCCGAGCGGCCCUCUACCUG